ACGACUGUUAAUUGUGCUAGUCUUUCGUCGAUCUUCUCUCUGUUACAAUGUAUUCCGUUCAGUGUGUAGCUCGUCGAUUCUUUGUCUUGUGUCUGGCGAUUUUGAUUAUCGCUCAAAUCGCAUUUUCCAAACCGGAUGGCGCCCCAAUUGCAGCAUGUGAAGACAUGACCCCUGAUCAUUUCGUGAAGCCGCAGUCGUCCGUCUGUCCAUUCACUUCAAAACUCGCCAGGGAGGAAAUGUGGUCGAACGGGACCGUUGAAGUGACGCUAGAACACGACAGGGAUGAAUUCAAAGGAUUCUUCAUGAUGGCGUUUGAUGGCACCGGUUCCGAUUCUUCACCCAUCGGGACCUUCAGUUCCGAUCUCAAGGGCAAGGGAAAGGCCAUUGACUGCAGGAGAGACGGUACAAAGAAUGCCGUGACCCACAAGGACAGGUCACUCAAGAACUCGGUUGUUGCUACCUGGACUCCCCCAGAGGACUUUGAUGGAACUGUCGUCUUCAAGUUAGUUAUAAUCUUCUCGUUUAAAACUCUAGAAAAGGGAGAGUUGGUAAUGUUUUUCUGCUUAAUUAGGGCCACCUUCGUCAAGUCGUUUGACGAGUUCUGGGUUAAACAAUUAUCUCCUACCUUGAUAGUUAAGCGGGCCGUUGUCUCUGAUGGCGUCAAGGAGGAUUCUACCACCACCAAGAAACCCGCCGUGUCUACCACCAAGAAGCCCGCCGUUCAAAAGUCAGAUGAUGUUAGCGAUGAUUCCACUUCGACACGGCCCAGCCAGAGAUUGCAGACGCUGCUUCGCCGAUUGGUAUCUUGGCUUUUUACAGUGUUAUAAUCAUCGGUGUCACCAUCGCUUUUAUAGCCUGAUUUCUAGAUCUUUUUUAGUUUCUCGUCUCAUUUUUAAUAUUCCAAAUUCUCUCGUUGUAAUAUAUUUUAUGAUUGGGGCUUUUCUUUUUUGUGGUGGUGUUUGGGGGGCGUUUGGAUUCGAAUGCAAAUAUACCUUUAUUAAGGUUAA